UUUCCAUAAUAUUCUUAAAUAAAUUUAAUUAGUUAGAACACAGAUUGCCUGUGAUACUCUACAAGAAUGGAUUUUGCACCAGUUACUAAACCCAUGGCUGAAGAGAAAGUUCUUACCACUCGAACAAAAAUGCGUAUUUUAGCAGCCCUUAGUCCAAGAAAUGGAUCACCUAAACAACCACCAGACAAAACUUCUGAAAUGAACAUGGCUUUACAACAGUGUAUUAGUUCAGAGGAUGAACUUGUCAAAAAACUAGAUAUCUUGUUGCAUAAACUGCAGGUCUUGAAGUCGGAAGCAGGGAAUUUAGAGGAAGUUUAUUUGACCCUCAAGCAACUGUGUAAUUUUCACAAGAAUCUCUUAAACCAGCUGCAGAAAUGUGGUUCUCAGUUAGCAGAUAUUGGAGCUGUCUUCCUGAAAUAUGCUCCAGAAUUCCAAGUCUAUAUUCAGUGGGCUAAGUGUUGGCAACAAGCCACUAUAUUUAUGAAGCAAGAAGCAGAAUUUCAAACAACAAAUGGAGCUGAUUGUGCAUCCCUAAAAGAUCUUCAGAAUUUGUCACUGAACAUUGAUAGAUACAAGUACUUGCUGAAACGACUUGUACAGCUGUGCCCAGAAAAUACCAUUAUUGAAAAGGAUAUGAGAGCAUGUAAAGCUUUACCAAAACUUGAACUGAUAUUGGUAGAAGGAAAUGUUGACAUCCAAUAUGGCAGGGUUGAAUAG